CAUGCCACUUGAUUGUGGUUUGAAACAACUUGAUCCUUACCACCCGCCAUAUUUAUUUUUAUAUUAUACUCAUUAUUAUUUAGGCCUAAAUAAUUUGAAGAGCCCACAUUAAAAUCACAACUUCCUACCAAAUGUCGUGAAGAUUACAUCUCUUAUAAGGCACCUGUAUAUCCAGAUAGUCAAGCUUAUGAAUUAACCGAAGAGGAUAUUCAUUUCCUUUCUACAAUUAAUGAAAAACUAAACAUUCCUGUUCAUAUUGAAGAUUUUGAGUAAUAUUUAUCACUUCUUGAUUAAAAGAGUGGAAAGGAUGUAGAAAUAGACUUUAUAGAGUUCAUUAAACUCAAACUACCUUUACCAAAGACUAUUAAUAUAUAAAUAUAAUCUAUUUAGGAAUAAUUAUAUGCCUACUUUAAAAAAUAGAGAUAGCAUUUUUCUCGUCCCUUAACUAGAUACCUUAUGCAUCCAUAUUAUGAAGAUAAUAAUCCUCAUUUAGCCUUUCGUCCUAGAACUUAACCUAUGGAUAGAACUAUGAAAUUGAGAAGAGGCAAUCCAUAAAAUACUAGAGGUGUUUUAG